CCAGGCCCUUUUAUAUUCCCAAUCUUCCACACACCAUGUCGACAGCUCCGGACCCCAAGAUUCAAGACCUGCUCAACAAGCCGAAGAGCGAGCUCACAGAAUAUGAGGUCGCUCUCGUUGAGGAGCACGAGCUCACCGCCGGCCCUCUCUCGCUUCUGCAGACCGCUACCCGCACGCACACCCAGGUCCUGAUCUCCUGCCGUAACAACCGGAAGCUACUGGCCCGUGUCAAGGCUUUUGACCGACACUGCAAUAUGGUGUUGGAGAACGUGAAGGAGAUGUGGACCGAGAAGCCCAAGGGCAGCAAGGGCAAGGGUGUGAACAAGGACCGCUUCAUCAGCAAGAUGUUCCUGCGUGGUGACUCUGUCAUCCUCGUCCUGCUGAGCUGAGCGCCUUAUUUCGUCAUCCUAUCUUUUAUCGCGCACGUUCAUUCCACCAGGGGUUCCAACCCUGGUUUCUUAGAUCCGAAUCUGCGGGACGGUUGAUCUUGCUGCAUUGUGCGCCGCUUAGGUGCACACAGAGAACGACGCUUUGUUCGCUUUCUACUUUCUGGGAUCAAAAAAAGGAUUUUCUUAUGUAAUCGAUCUCGAUACCCUUUUUCUUAUCUGUUUCCUCCCGACUCUACAACAACCUUUGCCGCCCUUGCUUCUAGCCACUGCUAGGGCUUUCCAGAUCAGCGCAUUGUUCCGUAUGAAGUAACGUCGUUUUGUAACGUUACUUUGGUCGAUGCUCCUGGUCAAACUUUGGAUGGAUAAAAAUGAAACUACCUCCGGCGUUCAGUCUUUUUUUUCGGGUCGAUGAAUGGGCGCUUCUAGAGUCCCAUGUAGACCUAGAAUGACUUUUCGAGUAAACUGCUAUCAGUCACCUGGAGUAGUCUGCACGAUC